AACUGUACUAUUAAAUAAAAGAAAAAACAAAUAUGUGUAUUUCAUCUGAUACCAGGAACCUGGCGUGCUUUAAAAAAGCUUUUUAGUUAAUUAUCCCUUAUCAGACACAUUUAGUAACGUGUAAAGCAAUUUUGAUCUUGUUGACACAACUAAUCUGAGCCAAAUGCAUACCAUGGUGAUAAUCAAUCAGUUGCUUUAAUUAACAAAAUUAACUCGAAAUGUGCGUGAAACGAUUUCUCCUGUUCCUUGUGAUAUUUUACUCUUUACACACCACAGUACUUAGCUUUCUGGGAAAUGCCACUCAAGUUAGUGAGAAAAUAACCAAAUGUAAAGCUUUCAAGCACGAAGGCCACACGAACAUCACAGCUGAGUUGUUUUCGUUACUGCAAAGUAAUUACACACUCCAAGAAAUCAUGCAAAACCUGCUCAACAUUUCCCAAGAGUAUGAAAACUUUGCCCCUGUUGAUGUCUCUCUAGUGGGCCGAAUUUUCGCAAAAGUGUCGCUUCUAGAAAAGAACGAUUUACAAAAGUUUGCCGAGAUUACAAGCAAUUUGUUGGAAAUUAACGAAAGUGUUCUUUACGAGAGCCAAACUGAGUUUCAAGCCACUUCGAAACUUAUUAAGUGCAUUGGUAAAAUCACCCAACAGGUGGAAUCCAAUUUUAAUUUCAUCAACAUUACUACAAGCAAUUUUUUAUUGAUUGUCUUUGAUUUGAAAGAAAUAAAUGCGACUGGUUUAGCUGUUUACAGUAAAAUUUGUUCAACGCGCGUAAAACUUUUACCACAGAACGCCACUGUUGGUGAAAUAUCAAAACACAAAAACUUCGACAGUGCUGUAAUUUUUCACCCCAAACUGAAGACACAAGUGGACUCGAAAAUCGCAAUCAAUAUUUUCCUGAAACCAUUGACUUUAAACCACGUAUCGGCACGAACAAUUUAUGGGAUUUUUUCGAAAAAUCCCGACCCAGUGUCAGUUUAUUACAAAAUUUUUGAUACAAAAAAUCAACUCAAAAUGUGUGCCGGUUGGUCCAAUUCUAGCCACUGGGAACAGUACAACAGUACAGAUACAAGUAUAGGGUCGUUGAUUAGUUGCCCAUCUCGCGGAAAAUCUCACUUGACUGUGGUCUGGACGCGCCAAAGUGAUCCUGAACCACAGUGGACCAUCCCUCUGGUAAUCAACUUGCUGUGUUGCAUUUUCUCAAUUCUUGGUUUUUGUGGCAUCGCCCUCACGGCAAUUUUGUUCAAGAACUGGCGUUGUAACACGGGAAACCAAAUUUUGCUAAAUUUCGUGUUCGCAAUGUUGGCCCAAUUCGUCCUAAACGUGGUCGCAAACGCAGUCAACUUGUCUCAAAGUGCACUGUGUUACAGUCUAGGUAUAAUGCGCCAUUACUUCACUCUAGCCCAAUUUUCCUGGAUGUUUGUUUUUGCAAUUUUGCAGUUUAAGCGUUUUGUGGUCGUUCUGGGACGCAGUGAUAGCAACAUACUCCUAAAAUCGUGCCUUUUGGGCUGGCUUUUGCCUCUGCUGCCUGUCGUAACGCUUUUGAUCAUUGACCACGAAAAUUACGAGAGGGAUUGUUUCCCGAGAGACUUUCCGCUACUUUUCAGCGUCUGGGGCCCGAUUAGCAUAAUUGUGAUUAUCAAUUUUUUUAUUUUUGUGUAUAUUUUCUACCAUAUUUUGUACAAAACUGCAAGUAAACCACCGAGUAGCAACAGUGGGAUUUUGAAUCAGUGGCGUACGGCAGUUUUGCUUUUUUUCCUGCUGGGUGUUAACUGGUUGUUUGCAAUUUUGUAUGCUUUUUUUCCCGAUAAUAUUAUUUAUAAUGUGCUAGUGAUUAGUACCAAUUUGCAGGGUUGUGUCAUUUUUUUGUACUUUAUUGUGUGUAACAAGAGGACUCGAAAUUUGUAUUUGAAAAUGUUCAAAACGUGUUGCAAUGAAAAUUGAUUGGUUUAGGAUGUAGUGUUGUACCGAUGUUUUAGACAGCUGUACUUAUGUUUGAUACCGGAUGUAAUAAACCUAUCUGAA